UUGCCAGUAGCAUCCCCGCAGUUGAACCUCCCCUCUCUCCCCAAUUCUCCCCGCCCCCUGAACCCAAACAAACCCUAGCUUACAAUCCCGAUCCCACAGAACCCAUUUUCGCCAUGGACGACUCCAGCGACGGCGGAGCCACCGCCGGCGGCACUAAGAAGAAGCCUUCUGCGGCGGCCGCCAAGGGGAAGGCGACGGGAAAAGGGAAGGCCACCUCCAAGGCGGUGCCCAAGGCCAAGGAGAGCAGCCUCCUCAAGCAGAAAUCGCCCGCAGAGUUCUUCGCGGAAAACAAGAACAUCGCUGGUUUUGACAAUCCUGGAAAAUCUUUGUACACCACAAUGCGGGAGCUAGUUGAGAAUGCUCUUGAUUCAGCUGAGUCCAUCUCCGAGCUCCCCGAUAUAGAAAUUACUAUAGAAGAGAUCACUAAGAGCAAAUUCAACACAAUGAUAGGACUAGUUGACAGAGAGCGUGUUGAUGAAGCACUCUAUGAUGAUUUUGAAUCAUCUAAGGCUCGUGAGAAACGCCUAGCUAAAGAAGCACGUUUCCAAGAAACUCAAGCCAAAAAUUCUGCUCUAGGGAAGAAAGUUAAGGACACUCCAGCUGCUCGUGGAAAAGGUCGGGGCGAGGCUUCAUUUUUUAGAGUGACUUGCAAGGAUAAUGGCCGAGGUAUGCCGCAUGAAGAUAUCCCAAACAUGUUUGGGAGAGUGCUAUCGGGAACAAAAUAUGGUUUGAGGCAGACGCGUGGAAAAUUUGGGCUUGGUGCUAAAAUGGCACUUAUUUGGUCAAAGAUGAGUACGGGCCUUCCUAUUGAUAUUAAGUCAUCGAUGAAAGGCCAAGAUUAUAUCACGUUCUGUCGACUUGACAUAGAUAUUCAUAAAAAUGUCCCUCACAUUCAUUUACAUGAGAAACGUGAGAACAAUGAUCACUGGCAUGGGGCAGAGAUUCAAGUUAUUAUUGAGGGAAAUUGGACAACUCAUCGUUCAAGGAUACUACAUUACAUGCGACAGAUGGCUGUCAUUACUCCAUAUGCUCAAUUCCUAUUUAGAUUUCUCUCAGAUGCAGCAGAAAAAAAUUUGACGAUAAAAUUUGCGCGAAGGACAGAUGUUAUGCCUCCUGUCCCACUUCUGACAAAGCAUCAUCCAUCUGCUGUCGAUUUGCUGCUGAUAAAGCGCUUAAUUACAGACACUACAAAGCCAAAUCUUUUGCAGUUUCUGCAACAUGAAUUUGUGAAUAUAAGCAAAGCACAUGCUGACCGUUUAAUUGGGGAAAUGGGGCCUGAUUUUAGUGCAAAAACAACAGUCAACAGCCUUACAUCACAACAGUUAGUACGAAUACAUCAGUUGUUUCGGCAGGCUAAGUUUGAUGAUCCCAGUGGCAAUUGUCUUAGCCCUGCAGGUGAAUACAAUUUACGUCUAGGUAUCAUAAAAGAGCUGCACCCUGAUCUGGUUGCAACACACGCAAGCAGCCCUCAGGUUUUUGAAGGGCAUCCGUUUAUUGUUGAAGCCGGAGUAAGCAUUGGUGGAAAAGAUGUUAAACAAGGUCUAAAUAUUUUUAGGUUUGCAAACCGCAUACCACUUCUUUUUGAACAAGGUGCUGAUGUCAUCACAAGAACUGCCCUAAAAAGGAUAAAUUGGAGCAUCUACAAAAUUAAUCAGCAGCAGGACAAGAUUGGUGUCUUCGUGAGCAUUGUCAGUACAAAGAUACCUUUUAAAGGAACUGGAAAAGAGUAUAUUGGGGAUGAUAUAACCGAGAUAGCAGAUGCUGUCAAGUCAGCUCUUAAGCAGUGCUGUGUCCAACUGAAGUCAAAGAUAGUGAAGAAACUUCAGGCUCGUGAACAGCAGGACAGGAAAAGGAACCUGAACAAAUACAUUCCUGAUGUGGCAAGAACAAUUAUGGAGACUCUGGGAGAACUUGCAGACGAGUCUCCCCCCAAGAGGCCACGGUUUGACAAGGAAGACGAGGAACUCCUCGAGAAAAUAAAUUCGGAGGAAGUGACAGAAAUGACUUUGAGAGAUUGCUUAACGCAGCAUGUUGAACAGGUUGACUAUGAAAUGGCACUGGAGUAUGCCAUGCAGAGUGGCGUGAGCGAAGAGCCCCGUGAAGCAAUCUAUCUGAACUCGCUCGACGGAUCUUACAAGUUCGUCGACUUCCAGAGCCCUGCUUUCGUGUUUAGGUUCAUCCCGUGAGAGGGUGCAAUCGACGCGCGCCCUUCCGUUCUCAGUUUGGUCGACAAUAAUGUGUUCCCAUGGAACGGCGCCGUACACAAUUGUGUUUACAUUUUCUCCAUUGUUACUGGUAUGAUUUGUUAUUAGGCUGUUCUAGCUCGCAGCUGAGUGUAGAGAGCAUAAAUAUCGCAAGUGGUUUUAGGGAAGCCGCUGUAAUUGAGGGUGUAACUUUUUUUUAAGUGUGAAAACAUUCUGGAUUGUAAUUGUAUGUUGCAUUUGUCGAGGAACAAGCAUGUAAAAGUACGUUGGAAAGAUUCUGAAGUGAUUAGUAUGUAAAAGUACACUGGAAAGAUUCUGAAGUGAUUAGUAUGUAAAAGUACACUGGAAAGAUUCUGAA